AAAUCAGGACCUAGAGAGGAUGAAUCAGUCCAAACCCCAAAGUCUGUCAAAACAAAAGCUGAGAGUGAACAGAGGCACUGCAGCUUGUCCCCUCAAAUCCAAGUGCUGAGAGGGACUUCUGGAGACAGCCACCAAGUCACUGCUUUUGCCUUCCUUCUUCUGGCCAGCAGGUGUCCGCAGCACAGCCAAAUCACAGUUGGCUUCAAGCAGCUGAAGGAACUUCAGUAGAGCAGCUUAGUGAUGGUGAGCAUGUCUUCAGGCAGUCCAUCAGCAAAAAUGGUCUCAAGUCUGGAGCAGCCCUCCCUUGGAAGAAGUAGGAGCCAAGCAACACUGACUAGUUAUACUAAGGAAAGGAAAUGUGAGGAUCUCAGCUCAGAAGUGGCAGGACUGCUGGAAAAUGAGCAUCACUGUUGAACGCACCCAUCCUGUGCUGAUUCUCAAUGCCGGAGAAAUCACUCUUGGGACAGAAAGUAGGAAGAAAAUGGCAAAGCGUGACAGGGAAGAAGAGAAGAGAAACAUUUUAAAAGCUCUAUGUGCUCUAAUAAAUUCUGGAGAGGGAGAGAUCAAGGCUCACAUUAAAAAUCAGGAUUAUAAUUGGACCAAAUACGGAAUAGGAGAUGAUUUGGAAACUUCUUUUAACAAGAUUUUGGCACACCCAGAAUUUAGGGAAGAUCAAUCCUACUUCUUUGUCUGUGUAAAAUCACAAAGUUCAGAUAUCUCUGUUGGGAAGCCUGCCACCAUUGCAACCAAUUUGUACAUGAGAAAUGGGGCAUCUUCAGUAGAAAUGAACUUUUAUGCUGCUCAGGAGUUCUUAGAAAAUUUGAAGGGCUCAGGAGAAAGGUCACCUUCAGCAAGGUCUUCAGAAUGGCCUGGUGAUGAUACUCAGGAAGAAGCCCACAUCCAGGAGUUGGCUGCUGCUUUUUUUAAACAGUCAAAACUUACAAAAAAGGAAAAAUUCUCUUUUAGUGAGUCCAUAAAUGUUGAAUAUAAGUCCUUUGAAACAAAAAAGGUGCUACAGCGCGUUAAAGAGAUUCUCCCUCGAACUGUUUCUGCCUUUGCCAACACUGACGGGGGAUAUCUGUUUAUUGGUUUGGAUGAAAAAACACAAGAAAUAGUUGGUUUUGAAGAAAAAAACUGCCAGCCUAAGACGUUAGAGAGUGCAAUAGAAAAGUGCAUCCGACAGCUGCCUGUCACUCACUUUUGUGAGGAGAAGGAGAAGAUCAAGUACACGUGCAAAUUCAUUGAAGUGCACGAUUCCGGAGCCGUGUGUGCAUAUGUGUGUGCGCUCAGAGUGGAGAGAUUCUGCUGUGCAGUGUUCGCUGAAAAGCCAGAUUCCUGGCGUGUGAAAGAUGGUUGUGUGAAAAGGUUUACCACAGAGGAAUGGGUCAAGUUACAGAUGGCUUAGCUAGCCAGGUUGAGGAAGGGGAAUUGGCAAUUAGAAUACAUUUAGCUAGGGAAAUUGGAAGGGUUUUUCUUUGAGAUUUGAGGCAAGAUCAUUAGUCCUGAUUAUACAGUUACCUGAAGUCUGGACUGCAUCUGUAACCCACCUGGGAGCCGAGAUCCCUCUCCCCCAGAUUUUACCUCAGCUCCCUCUACUCACUUGUAAAGAAAGCCCCUGUCCCACAACAUCUCCCCAGAUGAGCUCUAUUUCAGGAGUUGGCAUGAUUUCCAGGAAUCCUCCAUUCAGUUUCACUCCAACCCCUUUCCUGUGUUCCUGACUCCCUAACCUUCUCUCCUCUCAGUCAGAUCAUUAGACAAUGCUCGGCUCUAUGGUUUAUGAUGUGGAAAGGGCUGGGCUGUUAUCUUGGAUCUUGAAGAGGAAGCUCUAAGAUGAGGUUAGACCAUCAUCGCCAGCACACUGAGUCUGCAAAGUUCCCAGCAGCUGUUUCCUUCUCCCCCUAAGCUCACUGCUGCCCCAUGAGCCCCUCCAAUCUCUUGCUUCUCAUAAUGUUUUCAAUAAAUGGAUUGAUAAAUGCAUAAAACUCUCAACAAUGUGCACUCCACA